GUCUUCAUUAUUAUCGUCAUGAUUCUUGGAAGCGCCGUGGCUUGAUUCGAGGCGCUUACGGCGUCUAUCACAUCGCGGCUAAUAUAGCCAAUCAACAUGGCCCACUAAAAAGUUCCUGCUGCUCCUCCUCCACCCCCGACUCAUCAGACCAUUCCAUUCAUUGUCUCUACUACCUACAGCAGCCUAUAACGCCAACCGUCCUCAACACGCCGUGCUCAUUUCGCCUUGCAUUCUUGCAACCUGCUCCCAGGUCACAUACCGCCAAUCAGCCAUCAUGCCGCCCAUAGAACGCGCCCUCUGGGCGGCGCACCUCCCUCCGCGCUUCCUCGUACCCUCCAUACUGCGCACUCUCCCUUCUUCGAGCAACACCAUCCUCGCACGACCAUCCACGUCCCUUCUCCAGCGCCGCACAAUCUACUCGACAUGGGACCCGAAUCCCAAGCUCAACCGCUUCAAUCACUACCCUGGCCGCCCAGCCCUCACAACCACCAAGACCGCCGCUCUGAGACGCAAGCUUGACGGCGACUCACUACCUCACCGCACAGGCGUACUUGCCGUCAAGAAAGGCAUGAGCGCCGUCUACCUCCCCGACGGAACACGAAAAUGCUGUACCGUGCUACAAGUCGACCGCAACGAGGUCGUCAGCUACAAGCGCCGUGACGUCCACGGAUACUGGGCCGUGCAGAUUGGCGCCGGACACCGGCAGGCAAAGAACGUGGGUCGGCCAAUGCUAGGGCAUUUUGCAGCCAGUGGCGUCAGUCCCAAACGCUAUCUGGCCGAAUUCCCUGUUCGCGACGAGGAAGGGCUGAUGAGGAGUCCGCUGGGCAGUCGGAUAUGGGCGGACUGGUUUGUGCCGGGGACGUACGUAGAUACGAGGAGCUAUACCAAGGGAAAGGGGUUUGCUGGUGGUAUGAAGAAAUGGGGCUGGCAUGGACAGGAUGCGUCGCACGGUGUGUCGAAGACGCAUCGACAGAUGGGUUCCGCGGGUGGCUCCCAGGGCAGUGGUAGUCGAGUUAUCCCGGGUAAGAAAAUGCCCGGGAGGAUGGGCAAUAUACGGAAGACAGUCCAAAACCUGGAGAUCUUGAAGGUGGAUAAGGAGAACGGUAUCAUCCUAGUAUCUGGACCUGUCGCCGGAAAUAAAGGCUGCAUUGUCAAAAUACAAGACGCGAUCAAGAAGCCCUGGCCCGAACUCCCGGAGCUCGAGGUCAUUGAGGAGGCAGAGGAGGCUGCAGCACAGACAGUCACAGCAUAGACGUAUAACAGCGGCGCGUCUGUCCCGUUCAUUGUACAAAAUACAGGCAAGCUAGGCCUCGAUGACGUGUAUACUAUCUGUACUUGACACACAUGCAUGAUUGGCGUUUGAGUAUGAAAGCCCUUCUUGCGCAUCUAAUUCCGUUUUCUGAGAUACUGCCAAGUUGUCUGACACUGAGAUGCGUCUUAUAUACACAAUUGUGCGUAUAGAAGCUUAACGUGUACGUUGCACUCUGAUGUUAUGAAGAGAUAGCUUGAGGUCUAAUUAUAAGGAUGUUUUGCAUGUCUAUAGACAGUCCUUUGGUGUCUCUCUCUCGACGCAAAGUGACCUGUGUCCCACAGUAUUGACCGUGUCUACAAUCCUCAGUAAGAGUGUAGCCGCUCUUUUGGAACGU